GAUGCUUUCGGCCGAUUACUUAUCUAUUUGUAGAACAGUUUGUUUUAUGUUGUCUCGAAAACGUCAAAUUUUAGCUAUUAAUCUGUAAAGUUGCUUGAUUAGUCGGUUAAUUGUAAUUAUUUUUAUAUAAAUUACGAAUUUAGUACACUUUUGUGUAUAUAUACAUUUUGAUUAAAAUUAUCCGUUCGUAGAAUGACGGACGUGUUUAAUUUUUCGUCUGGAUCCGACCCAAAUGGAGCUUAUUCGGCGAUAGCCCGGAUUGGUUGCUCCGUUCAUCUUUCCGGCGAAAAGCGAUGAAAAUCCGGCGACGAAGGAGCUUCGAAUUAAGCCUCGGCGGCAAUGGAAUCUCCCGUCGAUUCUUCUUCUUCUUUUGUUAGUUCGUUUUAAUUUCUGCAGCGCCGCAUCACCUGUCUCGCCCCUUCCGAGGGGCCUAUUCAAUCUUUUACAUUUUCCUCAUGGAUAUAGACCUUGAGCUGCCUUCCAGUGAUCAAGAAAGGUUAGGCAUCCUUGAGAGUAAAAAUGAUGGCAUGGAUUUGGAUCAGACACAUGGUGAGGGAAGGGCUGCAAAUUCUCCUACAAGGGCUGAGCUAAGUCAGGGAAUGUCAAUUCCAAAUACCGAAACUAAUAGUGUUCGGGAUCAGAUGGAUAUCGUUAACGUGGGAAUAAAUCACAUCAUGGGGCCAGCAUUUGAACCGAAAAUCGGCUUGGAGUUCGAGUCGAAGGAAGAAGCAUAUUCAUUUUAUAGAGAAUAUGCUAGAUUUGUGGGAUUUGGCAUCACAAUAAAAGCAAGCAGACGCUCUAAAAGAUCUGGAAAGUUCAUAGACAUUAAGAUUGCUUGCUCUCGAUUUGGAAGCAAGCGAGAGUCGACUACGACCGUCAAGCCUAGACCGUGUAUGAAGACGGGUUGUGAUGCUAGCAUACACAUCAAGAAAAGGGAAGAUGGAAAAUGGUUUGUUCAUGGUUUUAUAAGAGAGCAUAACCAUGAGAUUUGUCCUGAUGAUUUUCAUUAUGCUUUAAAGGGAAAGAACAAAAACCCGGAUAUCAUUGCUUCUGAGAAGAAUGGUUUGCAGUUGGCUCUAGACGAGGGAGACGUCCAUUUGAUGCUCGAGCAUUUUAUGCAUAUGCAAGAAAUGAAUCCUAAUUUCUUCUAUGCUGUAGAUUUCAACCAAGAAAAACAGCUGAGAAGUGUCUUGUGGGUGGAUGCAAAAGCAAGGCAUGAUUACAAGAACUUUAGUGAUGUGAUCUUCUUUGAUACUCAUUACAUAAGCAGUGGAUAUCAAAUUCCUUUUGUUCCUAUUGUUGGAGUCAAUCAUCAUUUUCAGUAUGUCCUGUUUGGAGGUGCACUGAUUGGUGAUAUAGCUACUUCAAGUCUUAUUUGGUUAAUGAAGACGUGGCUCAAAGCGGUGGGUGGUCCUGCUCCAACCGUGGUCUUGACCGAUCGAGAAUCGUUCUUGAAAGAAGCUGUUGCAGAUGUAUUUCCCAAGGCAAUCCAUUUGUUCUCUUUGUGGCACAUACUAACAAGAGUUCGUGAAAAACUAGGAAAGAUUAUAGAUCAGAACAGAAAUUUUAUGGAAAGCUUUGAUAAAUGCAUUUAUGGAUCUUGGAGGGAUGAAGAAUUUGAAAAGAAAUGGUGGGAAAUGGUUGAGAAAUUUGAAGUAAAGGAGAAUGAAUGGCUUCAGUUACUGUUUGAUGAUCAUAAGAAAUGGGUGCCAGCGUAUGUGAAGAACUAUUUUUUGGCUGGAAUGUGUACGAGUGAACGAUCGGGGAGCGUGGCUUCGUUUUUUGACAAUUAUAUAAGUAAAGAAGCUACGUUCAAGGAGUUUGUUGAACGAUCUGAGAUUUUCUCCAAAGAUAUGCUCGAGUUGGAAGCUGAUGCUGAUUUUGAAACUCGGCACCAAGAACCUGCCUUGAAAUGUCUCUCUCCUUUCGAGCAACAAACGGCGACCAUCUACGUGACGACGAUAUUUAAGAAAUUCCAGUUGGAGGUAGUGGGUGCAGCUUCAUGUCGAGUGCACGAACAAACCGAAGAUGGAGCUAUUGUAACAUACCAAGUUGAUGAUCUGGAAGAGCAGCAGAAGUUCCUGGUAGCUUGGAAUAAAGCAGAAUUGGAUAUACGUUGUCGAUGCCGUUCUUUCGAGCAUAGAGGCAUCCUUUGCAGACACGCUAUCCUUGUUCUUCAGGUUUCUGGUGUAACGAGCAUCCCACAGAAAUAUAUUUUGAAACGUUGGACGAGAAAUGCAAAGGUCAGGCUAAGUGAAUCGUCAAAUCGACUUCAUUACCGAGUGGCGCGGUUCAACCACCUCUGCAAACAAGCCAUUAGACUAAGUGAAGUCGGGUCUUUAUCUCGAGAAACGUAUGAUAUUGCAUUUGACGCAUUAGAGGACGUAUUGAAACAGUGUGUUUUUGUGAACAAUUCUAACAAGAGCUUUGCAGAAACAAAUAUGGUUUCUGUUGGUUUUGUUGACGUCGAAGACGAUGAUCGUGGCGAAGAUAUGGCCAAGUCGUCUCGUAAAAAGAAAACGAUCAAAAAAGGCAAGAUCACCAAGCAGGCACGGUACAAAUCGUCGGAGGCGGAAGUCGAUUCGAGAGCAGCUGCACUCGAUGGCUGCACAAAUUCGCCUUUCUGUGAUGGACCUGAAGGUUAUUAUAGUCUUCAAGCUAUGCAGAGUUUGGAUCAAUCUCCUUCGGUUGUAGCUCGUGUCGGUCCACGUGACGAUAGACAAACAAUACAGUCCCUAGGACAGCUUAACCCGAGGGAACCGGGUGCGCAAGGUCGUUUUGACAUUGAAAAUAAUCUGCAAGAUAUGGAAUAGCUCGACGAUGCCUAGCCCCAGACUCGCAUAAACAACAUGUCAGUUCAUGUUCGAGAUAGACGCCUGUCGGGUUAGCUAAAACAAGAACAGGACAACCUUUGCAUACAUAAAACCAGUUCUCAGCUGGAAAUUUUUCUGGGCAAAGCAUUUUCCUUCUCACAAAGCUGCAAUUAAAUAAAGUAAAUAUCCACAUCAUACUUUAAGAAAACGUUAUGGUUUUGGUAAUUUUGUCUAGUUUUUUUAAUUACUUUUUAAUUUAGAAUUUAGCUGAUCAACUGGUGACCCCGAUUCAGAUCAGGAUUCAGCACCUUAUGGUCUUGAUAUUCUCUUACAUACCCUAACGACAUGGUCACAGAUCGCUCUCAUUCGCAUAUAGUCUCGGUUCAUUCGUGUAUCUUAGGAGGUCACUCAACAUAAAAUUGCUCCACAAAGUUCGUAUGAUUGAGCCAUAAAAAAUGAAAGGGUACCUUGUUAGUAUAUAUAUGUAUGACUUUCAAUUCUUUUGAGCUUUUCUUAUUUGUCAUAUCCUCAUAAUCGCUCUUAUCCAUGUUAUCCAUGGUCAUAUGCUCGUUUCAAACUUCUUUUACUACCUUUCAUAUUAGUUAGAUAUUUAUUAUUCUUGUUAUAUCAAUACGGAGAUGUAUGAUCGUUCACCAAAAUCAUGUCUACACCCGCCAUGGCUAAAAUGUCUUAGAAUGUAUUAUAGGGGAUGUGACUAGCUGACAAUUAUUCUUAUCUGGGUUAUAUGUUAUCAAAGCUAUGGUUGUUGCUCAUUCACUUUUAGCCUA